AUGGCCCGCUAUCCGACCUUCGAUGAGUACGCCAAGAGGGGAGCUUACACCGAGGGCAUCAACCGCUGCAAUGAACUUCUUCAACGCAGCCCAAAAGAUCUUCAGCUUCUCCUGGUGAAAUUACAGCUUCUCUCUGCUUCCGGGAACAAAUCCGAUGAGACCCUUGACCAACUCCUGGCCAUUCAGCCACCCAUCCAAGAUCUCCGAGAGCUGGUACCGAUAGAAGCUGCUGUCUUUGAUGGCAACAAAGAUGUGUGGCCGAGACCAAACUGUGCUGGACCUCAGGUGGCCAAAUUGUGGGACAAUGCAUUCAAAGCGAACACUUCAGCGAAUUACAGACUGGAUCUCCUGACUGUGCGAUUCUCGAGGGCUGUUGUUGAUGACCGGAUACAAGACGCUCAGCAAUCUCUCAUAGCGUUGAAGUCGGUGCAGCCGAAGAAUCGAGCAAUCUACAUGGCCCAUGCCGCAUAUACUCAACUCUUGUCGACCAGCAAAGAUGACCUCCAGUCUCGGUUGGCAUUGGGUUUGGCGAAGAAGGCCGUGGCAGACAAAUUUGAUGAUGAUCGAGCUCUGGACUGCAGGGUCGCUGGACAAAUUUUUGCGAGACAGGGAGCUACGACAGAGCUGGAGACGAUCCGUGAGAGGUCAGCGUUUCGAGAGAGUCAGCAGGUCUAUGAGGCGCUCCAGCUGAGUCAAAAAGUCGAGUUGAACGGGAACACAAAAGUUGAGAAAGCCGAACCAUCGCACGUCAACCCUCGAAUAUGGCUGGAAUCGGAAGUCGAAGUCUUGAAGGAUGAAUUUGCGAGAUUGAUCGAAGCAAAGGCAUCACAGGAUGUGCUGAUGGCUUUUGUAGCCAACUCGAUCCGCCUUUUCCACACUUCGAUAUCGUCGCUGAACCUUGGAGGACGAGAUCGCGGCGCGGCAGAUGCGUGCUUUCUCGCUGUUUCUGGACUGGUAAAGCUCUACGCAGAAACGAAUGACACGGCAUAUCUUGUGCAGGCCGCAUUCCUCUCACAGCGACUGCUUAAACACAACGAGCAUAUACACGAGGCUCGACUGAUACUGGUAUAUCUCUAUAUGCGCCUCAAUCUUGGAAGUCUCGCCAUGCGACUCUUCGACAGCUUGAACGUCAAGGAGAUCCAGCACGACACUGUCGGUCACUCAAUCUUUACUGGCCUCUCUAUCACACAUCCCUUCUGGACCCAGCUCCCAGGAAGAGAUUGGUUCGAGCCACAUGAGCGAACACAUAAGGCUUUAGGCGUCUACCCACGGCAUGAAGACAAGCUUGCCGAUACGGAAGCGGGUAUUCUCGAGCAUUCGCAGACAGGCAUGGUCUUCGACUUGCAUGAGCUCAGAGUCAAUCUGAGAUCAAGCUUCGUGAGGAGACUGAUCCUGCUUGAGCAUCGCCGGAUAGCACGUUUGACAGGCAAGGGCAUCAGCAAGAAUGUCAGCGACGUGGGCCCGAGGGUCGUGGCGAAUUGGGUCACCAAUAUCGACAACAGAGACUUCAAUGCUACUUUCGACUACGGAUUCAAUGUCGAGAAGGCCAUCUUUCCCGAAAAUGAUCACCCAUCAGCUCAGGCAUCAUUGCUGUCCGACCUGACCGCGGACACGGCAUGGUGUCUCGCAACAGGAAAGCCGCCUGCUCUCGUUCUUGACCCCGAGAACCUGAAGGAUGCUCAAUCCUCGCUGGAAUCAUCGAAAUCUCCCGCAAAGACUCUGGCAAACGUCAUCUCCCAGCAAACCAUCAGCAUCCUCAUAGACGUCAAAGCCGGCACUUCACCCACCAAAGACACCAUCUCCUCACUCCAAAAGGCCGUCGCAGACCUCCACAUCGAAUUCCUCAUGACAACUUCGGACAUUCUAGCCGAGCACCUCAGCGAGCACUACCUCUACCUCGACACCCUCCGCAUCGUGAUCGCAGCAUGCACCUACAUCAAGAAACACGCCGAACACACCACCAUGGAAGUCGCCUCGCUACAAGAAACCGCGAGGAAAGAUAUCGAUGCUCUGCAGAAGCACGCGAGGGAGCAGAGCAGGAGCAUCAAAGCCGGGAAUGUGAGAGAAACCCUCACCAAACACGACGGACUCAAGGCUACAUUCGAGCUGUUCGGGGAGGAGAGCCUCAAACUCUUCUCGGAAAGCCUCGCAGAAAGCGCCAAAGAAGGAUGGGAAGCUGUGUGCGGUAUCAAUGCUUCAGCAUGA